AUGACCCGUGAUAAAGGUCUCUUUGUCACCAGUAUGCCAUCCGUCCUUGCCAGUGAUCUGGUCGGAGAAGUAGUGGCUUUAGGAAACGGAGAGCAUUCUGCCCAGUUCACUGGUGGUGAGCAUGUUUUUGGCCAUACCUUCGCCCCAGGAGGUUUCGAUAAUGAUUUCAACGGAGCGCAACAAUAUGCUUUAGUCGAUGCGAGGUUUGUGGGUAGGGUGGCUGGAAGCGGCAUGAGUAUCGACCAGGCGUCUACAAUUCCCGUGGUUGUGUUGGCCGCAUUCAUUGCCCUUUUUGCACGUUCAGGCCAUGGCUUCCCCACUCCGUUUUCUCCGGAGGCAAAUUCUUUCGAUUAUGGCAGCAUCACGCUCCUUGUUGUUGGAGGCGGCUCCAACACCGGGCGAGCCACCAUUGAGCUCGCGAAGUUGGCAGGAAUAGGGAGAAUCAUCGCAGUCGCCGGGCGUCAUAAUGAAGCAAAGCUUAGAUCUGCUGGGGCUACUCAUGUGAUCGAUCGCCAAGCACCCGAUGUGCUAGAUCAAAUCCGUGCUAUUGCGGGAGAUGAGCUAGUCUAUGCGGUCGACACGGUCAAUGCCGACGUGGAACAAGCACUUGGUAUCGCGGCGCUGUCAAACACAAAAAAAGGCAGCUUGAUCACUCUUCGUCGAACGGGGGGAGACUUCGACGCGGCUCAAAUAGGAACCAAGUCUGCGGGGUAUGAACGUCGCCAAAUACUUGGAGUCUCUCCGAGACAUCCAGAGGCAACUGUGGGGUUCUGGAAAGAGGUACCUCGAUGGCUUAAGGAGGGACAUCUUAGCCCCAUGAGUUUUGAGGUUAUCAAGGGACUAGAUGCGGAUGCCGUCAACAAAUCGUUGGACCAAUAUCGAGAUGGAAAGGGUUUGAAGGCCAACAUUCACCCAUGGGAGUGA